AGCAGCUUAGUUUCCAAACACAUUAAAAUCAAACAUGCUGCCUUUGACCCAGUCCAUCACUCCGCAUAGUGCGGUCUUUUACUAGGACGUGGUUUAAGCUGGAUUUCCACAUCGUCACUUUAUUAGGGUCGAACAACUUGAUGUUUUACAUGCCAGCUGGACAAACACAGCUUGCAUUCUUCCGUUCCACAGAAAAGCUGUCUAGGGACACAAGAGGUUUAGCAGUGCUUUAUAAUACAGUAUUAUAGCUGUUCAGAUUUUUCUCAGAAAGAAAAAAACAAAACAAAGCUGAUUACACACCUCCAUCUUGACUGCCUGCAGGAGACCUUGCUGGAUUUGCACACUCUGGACAAGAUCUGUAGUAAUGAAUUAUUCGCCUGCAUUUAAAUAGCAGGAGGGAUUUUUUUUUUUUCCGCAAAAGGAGGUCAUUGUGAAUUUUGGAGUUUUAACACGGGAAGGCAUCACCAGUUCUAAAAACCCAGUGACGAAGAAGAAAGAAGCCUAGCAAUACCUAAUUUUACUCAUACCCUGAGGACAGACAUCAAUCCAGUCUACGCAGCAGGAGAUCUUCAACUCUAAACCAUGGUGUUUGCGGACCUACUGGAGCAGGUGGGCAGCACGGGUCAUUUCCAGGUGGUCCAUGUCACCCUGCUCUCCAUGCCCAUCCUCAUGAUGGCAAGCCACAACCUGUUGCAGAACUUCGUAGCCGCUGUGCCUCCACACCACUGCACCGCCCAUGCCAACAUCUCAGAUCCUGCAAUGAGUCCAGCUGAGACCCUGCUCCUUAGCGUGCCUUUGGAUGGCCAGGGUAAACUGGAGCGCUGUAGGCGCUAUGCACAACCACAGUGGGACCUACUGGCCAAGAACAUGUCUGAGGCCAUGGAUAAAACCACAAUCAAGAUGGAGGGAUGUGCGGAUGGAUGGAGCUAUAACAAGACCGACAUGACCUCGACCAUUAUUACAGAGUGGGAUUUGGUGUGCGAUUUAAAAUCCCUAAAACAAAUGGGGCAAAGUGUUUACAUGGGAGGAGUGCUUGUGGGAGCACUGGUCUUCGGGGGUCUGUCUGACAAGUUUGGCCGUCGCAUUUUACUCCUGAUCUCUUACCUGAUGAUGGCAGUUUCAGGGACAUGCACCGCCUUCGCGUCCUCUUUCUCCCUCUUCUGUUUUUUCCGCUUCUUCUGUGGCAUGGCCCUGUCUGGAAUAAUCCUUAACUCAUUCUCUCUCAUUGUAGAGUGGAUCCCCACUCGCAUUCGGACUGUGGUGGGUACAGGUACAGGCUACUGUUACACAACGGGUCAGCUGAUCCUGGCAGGGGUGGCUUACAACAUUCGAGACUGGCGCUGGCUCACACUGGCUGUCUCUCUUCCUUUCUAUGUCUUCUUCCUCUACUCUUGGUGGUUCUUGGAGUCUGCAAGAUGGCUAGUUCUUGCCAAGAAGCCAGAAGAGGCAGUUAAAAACCUCAAAUCUGUAGCUCGGAUGAAUGGCCGCAAGGCUGUGGGUGACAAAAUCGAUCUGGAGAUGCUGCAGGAAUCCAUGAAAAAAGAGAUUUCUAGCUCUAAGGUCACUCACAGUGCUCUGGACCUUGUGCGGACACGUACCAUGAGAGGCAUCACCCUGUGUCUCAGUGCAGUGUGGUUCUCAACAAGCUUUUCCUACUAUGGCUUGUCGAUGGAUUUACAGAAAUUUGGCGUGAACAUAUACUUGAUUCAGGUGAUCUUCGGUGCGGUGGACAUUCCAGCCAAAAUUGUUGUCACUGUAGCAAUGAGUAAGAUUGGACGAAGGGUGUCUCAGUGCACUUCACUCAUACUGGCUGGUAUUACCAUUCUAGCCAAUCAGCUCGUGCCUUAUGAACAACAGACAUUGCGUACCUCCUUGGCAGUAAUUGGGAAAGGGUGUCUGGCUGCUGCCUUCAACUGCUGUUACCUUUACUCAGGGGAACUAUAUCCCACAGUGGUUCGGCAGAACGGCAUGGGAUGGGUGUCCAUGAUGGCGCGUCUGGGGGCAAUGGUGGCUCCGUUGGUGCUUUUACUUUCAGAGGCAGUCACCUGGCUUCCAGGUGUAAUCUACGGAGGAGCUCCUGUAGUGAGUGGAAUCAUUGCUUACUUCCUCCCUGAGACGCUAAAUACUCCACUUCCUGAUACCCUCCAAGAUGCUGAGGAGAGAGGUUUCAGAAAAUUGAAAAAUUCAUUCUCUAAGAAAAAAGAAGAGGCAAUGACUGACCAGAACAAUAUGCCACUGAAGGAGUCCGUCUGAGGCCUUAUUUACAACACUAACAACCUGUGGUCAAAAUGUAGUAACAGAGUAAGAAGUUACCUUUGUACUGAUAGUCGGUUUUGUAAGUAGAAUGUAAAUUUGUUUAUUCAUAGUAAAUUUAUUCUAUUCUCAAACUUUUAGUAACUAGAAAUAUUAUAGACUAUUUUUACUGAAACUGUUUUAUAUAUGAAACUGUUCUCU